UCAGUCUUUAUCCUUUUUCUAAGAACAGGAAAGGUGGGGAAGGGAGGUCAACUUAUUAUGCUAUUUAGCUGGUCUCACACUGGCCUUUCUCCUUCACAUAAUUUUCUUGUUUAUCCCAAGGAGCUUCAGGGCUCAAACUGACUUUCCUCGUGUUCGCUGUAUCUUUUGUCUAUUACAUGCCCCUAAGUUCCAACUCUUUUUCUCUUGCUAACUCAGCAUGGCAUUUCUACAUGCUUUGAUCUGGUCAUUGGUGAGCACUGCGAGUGUUGGCUAUGCCUCUGACAUUGAUUGCUUGAAAUCCGUGGAAGAUUCAUUGCAUGACCCUCACAAUUCCUUUAAAUCUUCCUGGAACUUCAACAACAAGACUGAGGGUUUCAUCUGCGGAUUUAGAGGGGUAGAAUGCUGGAAUGUUAGUACAAAUCAAGUGCUGAACAUUCGUCUGGCCCACAUGGGUCUAGAGGGCCAAUUUCCUCAAGGCAUAAGGAAGUGCUCAAGCUUAACGGGUCUAGACCUUUCAGGCAAUAAGCUCUCUGGACCUAUUCCAUCUGAUAUAUCAAACAUCCUCCCUUAUGUAACUUCACUCGAUCUCUCUUCCAACAGAUUCUCAGGUGAAAUCCCGAAGAGCAUAGCCAACUGCAGUUUUCUAAAUACUCUUCUUCUAGACAAUAAUCAAUUAACAGGGCAUAUCCCACCACAAAUUGGUCUGCUUAUUCGCAUCACGACCUUUAGUGUUGCAAAUAAUCUAUUAUAUGGACCAGUACCUAGUUUUGCAGGGACAAAUUUUUCAAGUGAUAGCUUUGCCAAUAACUCCGGACUUUGUGGAAGUCCUUUAGAGCCCUGCAACAGUAGCUCUGAUUCAUUCAAAAGUGGUUUUGUUGUAGGCUAUGCUGUUUUUUCUGUUUCGUUUGUCACUAUUUUUAUCUCCUACUGUGUGCCAUGGUGGACCCAAGGGAAAAAGAGGAGUGAAGCCUCAUUAAUGCAGAUAUUGCUGAAUCAAUUACUGCAAAGGGAUAGCAAAAGAAAGGAAGCUCAGCAAAUGAAGAAAGUGCCAGAAAUACCACAUAUGGAUUUUUUAUCUGAAGAAACCAAAAAGGCUUCUUUACUAAGUUAUUCAGAAAUCAAGGAAGCAACAGACAAUUUUAACAAAGAAAAUGUCAUUGGGUUCGGACGGAUGGGGACAACAUACAAGGCGGUGUUGCCUAAUGGUUCGCUCCUCGCAGUUAAGAGAUUAUAUGACACUCCUGCAUUUGAUGAGCAUUUCAUAACAGAAUUGAAGACACUGGGUAGCUUACGGCAUGACAACCUGGUCCCCCUCCUGGGAUUCUGCAUCCAGUCAAAGGAAAGACUUUUGGUUUACAAAUACAUGACAAAAGGCAGUCUUUAUGAUUGGCUACUUCCUGAGGAAGGUGAGGCGAGAAUCAUGGAGUGGCCCUUGAGUGUCAAAAUUGCAAUUGGAGUAGCGAGGGGCUUGGUUUGGCUCCACGACAGGUGCAAUUCCCGCAUAGUCCAUCUUGACAUUAGCUCCAAGUGCAUCUUACUUAAUGAGAAUUUUGAGCCCAAGUUGUCAAAUUUUGGAGAGGCAAUACUCCUGAAACCAAAUGACACUGAUUCAACCGAGAGCAGCCCCUUUGCAAAUUGUGAGUAUUGGCAAUCAAACUUUUUUAAGGAGGAUGUUUAUUGCUUUGGAAUUUUUCUUCUUGAGCUGAUUACCGGAGAGGAUCCCAAAAGAAUGACAACCUCUUCAAACAGUGGCAAUGAGACUCCGGUUCUUAAUGAAUGGGUUACAGUGGAUUUUUUUUGUAGUUUUGUCAAUAAAUCUAUGAUGGGGCAAGGAUUUGAUCAGGAAAUCUUUCAAUUUCUUACAGUUGCAUUGGACUGUGUUCAGCCAUAUCCAGAUCCAAGGCCAACAAUGCUUCAAGUGUACAAAACACUAGGUGCUGUUGGUAAGAAACAUGGUCUCACAAUUGACUCUGAGAUAUUGGAACACACCAGAAAAACCUCUGCACCGAGAGGAGAUGAGUGCAAUGAAGAUGAAAUCACAGAGGUUUAAAGAAACAGAAAUCUGUUGUUCUAUUAUUACUAAGGCAAUGUCAUACUGGUUCUCAAAGGGAGAAUAUUUUGAUCUUCUAUGCUCUCUAUGUGAGAGUAGCAUAUGUAGUAAUAUCAGUCAUUUGCAUGUCAUAUCAGUAAAACACAAAACUUCUU